ACGAAACGGGAACGGGAACGGGACGAGACGGGAUGGACGCUGCACGCCCGUGAGCGCGUCGAUCUCCGCACGCUAGUGUUGGUCUCGCUCGCGGCCCGUCACAGCGGCCUGGUAUUGGUUCUACGAGAGCGAACCGAAGUACCGAACCCGAGCCAAGAGAACCGCGGCAUUCGUUCAGUAGUUUCUCGGACGCCGCACCGGCACCAUCCGACCAGAUAACCCCCACGGUUCUCCACCGAUACCCCCGGAGCCGGGCGCGCCGACCGGCGCGACGCCAGCGCGACCCGCCCCCGGGACGAGAACCGCUCCCGAAGGAGGAUCCGGGACUCUUCGACCCAUGUGGCCGGACAGUCUUUACAGUCUUUACAGUUGCCGCCGAGAGCAGGUGGGGCCCCCCGUUGACGGGGUCGGAUCGGGCCACAGGGCGAGACGACCAACGUGGGACAGCGGUCUCCUCCACCGUCGUCGUCUUAGGACGAGGGGAGUCGAGGGGUCGUGGUCCUUUCGGAAAGGGCGGAAAGUACCGCGGUUCCUCGAUGCCUGCUUCCUGGAGUUUCCUUCCGUCGUGCGGAUCCAGGACUGACCUACUCGAGGCCCGAAGACCCCACUGCGAGCAAGAGGCACGGUCGCCGACGAAAGACUGACCCACCGAGGAGACACCCGCGAGUUCUAGGAAGAAGUCUGGAGGAACGAACGAACCGUCGGUGGUCCCGGGUUCCCUGGUCGAGAUUUGGAGUUCCUCGAGGAUCAUCGAUGAGUCCCGUUCCUCGGGACCGCGAGGACGGGGGAAGAGUGUUCAGUUUGGAAGGUAGGUUCGCCGGGUCGAGUGAUGCCACCCCGUAGACCCAUCCCAUGGUUCCCGAUCUUCGCCAAUAAGCCGUUCUGACUAGGCCAGAGGUCCUCCGCGAUUGGUGGCCCCUCCGCCACCAAGGUGCAAUGAUGCGAGAACUUAGAAGGUGCGAUUCGUGGACAGUGGAAGAGGAAGGAGGUGAAAAUAGCGGCCGAUUGGUCCCGCCGGGGGAAUACGUGGGCCCUCAGCGAAAGUGAUUAUGGGCUUACGGGUGGCGAUGAUACCGGAGGAGCGUAACAGUUCCAUGUAGGGAGAGGACAGGAACAAGUUCCUAGCCAUAGCUCAAAUCUCCGAGAGCGGAAGAGGAAGCGGACGGCAUGUGCACUAUCGCUUAGUGUCGGGUUUUGGUGUUGUCCCGUUAAUGUGGGGCAAACACGCUGAACGGACCGUAACGCAAGCCCACCAAAAUAGGGGAACCGGAGAAGAUCGUCGCAGGGGUCCAGCGUGAUCGCGUAUCGACGACGGUAGGAGGGUCUGGGUCUAGAACCGAUGAGAGCGCGUCAUGCCCUCUGAGAUCGAGCUGGCCGGGCCAAGAGUGAUGCACUGUGGAUGCAGAAACACCGGCUGGCCGAUCGCGACUUUUGGACCCAACAGCAGCAGCGUCGGUGGUUACAACGGUAGCACAUUCGGCAGCGCCGCCGACCAGGAAGCGAUCAACGGACCUCCAUCGGGAACGCCUUCUUUGAGGUACCGGAGUCCUCGGUCGUUCUCGGCGACUCCCGGAGGUCAGGGCGAGACCUUCGAUGGCGAAAGUCCCGUAAGGAGGCGAUGCACUCGGAGGUGGAGAACGGAAGCUGCAGGAGGAGCACGCGGGGAGGGAAAGCUCCGAAGAAGGUGGUAUCAAGGCUCGAGUGAUGGAGAGGCCAUCUCGGAGGAGGUCAAGGAUUCCCGGCAGACGUGCCGAGAAGUACUCGAACCCCAAGUCCUCGGUUGGAGUCUCGGCGACCAAGAACAACGGACGAAGGAGCAGGAUGACCAAAAACGGGAUGUGCAGAGAAGUUCGGUCGACCGAUCCCGGAUACGCGAGACAGAGCUCGACAUCCGGGCGACCUUCCUAGGGGUCCGUCAUGAAAAAGAGGACCCGUCGGGCAGGAGCUUCCCCAUCGAUCCUGCUCAAGAGAGAAGCGUCCCUUGGAAGUGUUCUCGGAAACGAAGAAGCUCGAUCCUCGAUUCUAGGGAGCACCACGAGGGAAAUCCUGGACCGCUGGUGGACCGUUUAGUCGGGAGUCGUUCGGGGGAUCCUGGCUGGGAAGCGACUCGGCCAAAAAGAGGAAGACGCGAGUCUUCGUUCUCUAGUCAUUCGGGGGCUGUUCCUGAUGGACUCUCCGGGGAGGAUCUGGCGCUCAUCAGGUUGUCCGGGGUGAAAUUCCCAGAGCCGCGGACGCCGCGGUCCGGCUGGUGCGACGACGCCGGGGAACUAGUCGAUCCUCCCGACUCGACCUUUCAACGGUCGUUGCGAUUUUCUACCUCGAGGAAGCUUCCGCGGCCCUCUAAAGGCGGUCGCUCCUACGUCCAGCUAGCUUUCCUCCUCUUCCUUCUCGCCUUCGGGCACAGUGGACUCUUCGGGUCGGGGGUGGUUCUUUUCGGCCCCAGAGCCAGGACCGGUCUGUGCGCACUGACCAUCGGUACGGUCAUCGGUGGUGUGUUCGGCGCGCCGGUGGAUCUGAUCGGUGACGCGGGCGUCAGGGCGGAGCGAUCGGCGAACUUGUCCCACAUCACCGGCGCAUCCAGGAAGAUCCAGAUGUACAUAAAGAACCGCCACCUCCAGAUUCUUCCGGACGGCACGGUCAACGGGUCCAACGACGACACCUCCGACUAUACUAUCUUCCAGAGGACGUCGGUGUCGCGGGGCCAACUCAGGAUCCAAGGUGUUGCCACCUGCCUUUUUCUGUGCAUGGACUCCUGCGGGCUUUUGUACAGCUCGCGCGAGUACACCGAUGACUGCGUCUUCAACGAGACGCUGGAGCAGCACAACUACAACACGUACAGCUCGGCGCGCUGGUCCACUCCGAAGAAGACGUUGUUCUUGGGUCUGAACCGCCACGGGCAGCCUCGCAGGGUACAGACCAAGGGCCACAACCUGGGCAGGUUGUCGGCCUACGCGAGGGUGCUGACGCAGGUGGCGCCUCCGGAUCGGGUGGAGGCACUGCAGCGCAAGUUAAUGGGUGCCCAACACGGGGUCCGGCACAGGCACAACAACGGACACCGUCACCAUGGCCAGAUCCAGCAGGCAGCUUGCCCCAAUCUGCCGGCUCAGGAUAAGGAUGGUAGGGAUCGAUUCCGUUGUCGGAAGCGGAAGAAGAGGAAGAAGAAGCGACGAAAGUGUCGCGAGGGCGAGAAGCCCGGGCCACACUGCGAAGUUCCUGAAGAGAGCUACACCUACGACGGCAGCGGGGAAGGUCCGCCGGAGUCGAAGAGGUCCUGCGAGGGCGCGGCCAGCGAGGAGGCCUGCAGGAUGCAGGCCUUCGAGACCCCCUCGAAGAAGAGGAAGUCGCGGAUAGAAGAGAAGGAAGAGGAGGACGGGGUCCACGAGGACGCCGAGGACGAGGAGGAGCCAACGGAGGCCGAGGCCGAAGAGGACGCGAUCGCCAAUGACGAGGCCAGGGAGAAACCCCAUCGCCAUCAGCAGCCACACCAGCGGCAGCAGCAGCAGCAGCAGCUACGCAAGAACAAGGGUAAGAAAUCUCCAAGCACGAAAAAACCAAACAACAACCACGAUAACCAGAGUAAAAAGCCCAAUGGCACCAAGAAAAAGGGUCCAGCCUCGAAGAGGGUCUCGCAGCCGUCCACCAGGAGGCGCGGAAGUGCGAAGCUAGGCCGAACAGCGCCGCCCGCGGGCUCCGGCUCAAUGACAUUACCGUCGUCUUGGUAUCCUGGUGCAUCAACAACUCCAUCAACGGCGCGCGAUAGCCAGGCAGGACGCGGGACCAGGACUCCAGCCCCUGGGAACGACGUCACCGGCACCGCUCGAUUCAAGGGUCCGAGGCGAGGCAAGGCCCUGGCCGGUCGAAGGAACAAGACCACCGUUCACCUCGCGACCAACACUGGACCCCAGCCCACUCGUCCCAGAGGCCCGAAGAAUCCCAAAGAACCCAGGGAUCCCGGGAACCCCGCCGACCCUCCCAAUUCCACGUUCUUGUCCUCGACGGUCCUAGCUCCUCCGGCGGAACUCUUGUUAAGCUCCCACACGGAGGUCUACCUGGACUCUGGAGAGGAGGCGACGACACCCUCCGUGGACUCGAUGACGGAGGCGGAGGACGCGUUCACCUCGAUCAGGACCGACGUCGACCCCACCGUCUCCGCGGCCCCGACCGUUCUGUCGGAGACCGUCCUCGAGGGGGACCAUCCGGAAGGACUCGCCAUGUGAGUCGAGACUUCCGGUUCCUCUUCCAGCUCCCGAUGGAGGAGCCAUCGAGCGGGUACAGCUCGCGCGUGUACAUAGCUGUUAGGUUAACAAUGUCGGACUCCACGAAUCGCGGCGCCCCGCGACGUUGGACGUUCCCAGUCUGGUCUUGGGGUCGAGGACCAGGAGGUCCCUGGCUCCAGGACUCGGGAUGCCCCCUCGGCGUCCCCGAGCAUGUCGACGAGGGACGCACCGGUCAAGACGAUAAUGCCAAAAGGUAUCGCCACGCUACUCGGUCGUCGAUCGUGUCGUGAUCGACUGACCGACAGGAGCGAGCGUCAGGAUCUGACGCGGUCGGUCGACUCUCUCGGCUCGAUCGCGAGAGAGCCUCGCGAAGGGUUUCUUCCCAAAGGGUUCCCUCGACCUCGCGUUGCACUUGUCCCUUGCUUUCGGAGAAGGAAAUUGCACGGCUAACUUCCGCUUAAUUCGCUGCACCCUGGCUGGCUAUACGAGCCCGAUCGAUCGAAAACCGCGAAAACACAUUCCCAUCGGUCGAGGACUUUCUCCACAGCGAUGUUGGCGUCGCGAUCCGCUACCCAAUCGACGGGGCGAUUUGCCCGAACGAAGCUUGCGAGGUCUAUCCGAUGACCGACGAAAUCGACUCUUCCCUGAACAACACAACCCUCGAAGCACCGCCGUCGUGCCGGCGGACCCUUCGGCGUCCAUGCGAGCUCCGUUAGAUAGUAUCAACGUGUUCAUGCCGUGCUUUUGGCUGCUCUUUGAAGCUAGCCGCGCACUACGAGACGCCUGUCAGUAUUUAAGCGAGUUCCACGUCCCGUCCUUCGCCGUGUCCACUUUCCUGUCCUAUGUCCAUCCGUCGAAUGCUUUCCCUUGGCAUUUCGUCCCUUCUUCGUCAUCUUCCCAUCAGUAUUGCAGCCUCUUCAGCUCCAUCUUCCUUGGCGAGAUGCUUCUUCGCCUUCUUCCUCUCUUCGCGACGAUGUCGACGAUUCUCCGGACGAACCCGAGAGAGCCGAACCUCGCUGCGAAUCUUGAAAGCAAAACCUAUUAAUGUAGUAGCCUAUUUAUUAAAGAAUUAUUUAUUAUGAAACCGCAUGCACAACUCGGUGUACAUAUAACGUAACGUUACGAGCGACUGCGACCACUACACGUCGACUACCGAUGCGCGUUUACUCUAUGUUCUUCGUAUUGUGUCCGUUCCUUAGGUACACGAAUUCGCCAAAAAUGCCUCCGGCUUUCGCUCGAAGUGUUGGGGAUUUUAACAAUUUUUCUCAAAUUUAAAACCUUGCGUAGAGGUUUAUAUUCCGGUAAUUGCGGGUCCUCGAGUUAUGCCAGAUUGGCGAGGGAUUUUUUUUAAUGUUUGAUAUGUUUGAAAUUAGAUAGGAAGCGAUGCUUCGGAUGACGUUUGGUUUUGGAUGGUAUUACGGGCGUUUCGACAACUGUCGAGGAACUGUAUUCCUCGUGUAUGAGUGACGUCCGGUCGCGAUUUUUGGCGGAUUCCGAUUUAUUGGAAUUAAUUGAGGUAUGCGUGCUUUGGCGAAUGGGAAAGCGAAAGCAAAAGAGCGGUCCGACAGGAGUGAAAGUAAAAGACAACUGUCACCAGUUAGUGCGAAUAUAGGCGAAUAGGUCGAGGGGCCAGUGCGCCGGGCUAGCAAACGCGUCGCGGGGGCGUUUCCGCGGGCAUUUCGCGUGCCUCUGGUUAGGAAAAUAGAAAUGUCCAACGACAAACUCCAAGCUCGACGUCGAGUCCGAUAGAAUCCGAACCCUUUCGAUCGGUCGAAAGAAGUAUAAAAAAUAGCGGAGGCCUCGAAACGCCCUGGAAAUCCCCUCGGCGCUCCUCUCUUCCUGGACGCACGUCGAGGGACGGCGCACUGACCCGUGGCGCUGCCACGUUGACACUGUAUUCAAUUACAUAGACUGAAACUAUUAAGGUUAGGCAAAUAAAAUAGUUAAAAAAAGGAGCGAACGAGGAAACCGAAAAGCGACCGAGGAGCAGGAAGUCACGGUGUACGUUUCGACGGAGCUCCGCGGAGCAGGGAGAUCUUCGGCGUCGUUCUUCUCCGAGCUGUCGGCGCCAUUUCUCGAUGCUGUCUUGUGAUAUCAUUUUCGACAGUCCCACCGGGUCAUUUCUCCGUUUCCCCCGACAAACCCCGAAGCAUGUAGCGUCCGAUCCCGGGCAUCGACGCCUCGUUCCCCGAUCGUUCUUAGCCCUCUUCUUUCCGCGCAUCCCGUCGAAGUUCUCCCGAUUCUUCGGUACCGUUUCCCACCUUGGCUGCGAAGUCGAAGCCGCCGUCUUCGACGAAUCGGUCGGACGGUAUUGGACAAUCGAUGCGCGAAGCAUCCGAGCUCUUCUCGAUCAUCCACUUUCAUUCGACCCGUCCAGGCCCUGAAACACCGAUCGGAGAACGAAACCGAAAGUACGAGCUUGUGUGAUGCCCACCAGCUAACCUGCCUUCGAGUCCUAAAUGGUCGUCCCAGUUUACCUACGAAAGAUCUUCCCGCCGAGUCACUGUCGAACGACCUCACCAAUUACCCCAUCAGAUCA